GGAAGAAGAAAGCAGAGGAUUUUGGUUCGGUUGUCUGCGAUUCCCGUCCUAUCAGCGGUUCUUUAUUCAAUUAUCUGCACUCUCGGGCACGCAUUCACGCGCACUCCCUCUCGUUCGCACAUAUAAGCCCCCUGCUCCUUCCUCCAAAGGUGAAAGGUACUUGCUCUGCGGCACGGCCGUGAACAGAGAAAGGAAAGGAAAGGAAGAAGAGAAGCAGGGUAAUCGAUAGAGAGAAGGAGAUGCAGAGGCGCAGGUUGAGGCCGAGCAGCGUGGCCGUCCUGCGGUCGGUGCUGAUAUGCGCCAUCGGCACCGUCUCCCUGGUGGCGCUGCUGGACGUGCACGUUUCCCCCUCCUCCUCCUCGCCCUUCCGCGCGGCUUACACGCUCGCCAAGAGACAUGAGAUUGGGUAUGGAAGUCGGCGUUCUGAGCUCGCGUGGAUGCAAGAAAUGGCUCCUCCUCAACUCUCCAAGGCGCCCACCGCAUUCCAUCAGUGGGAUGAUAACAACCAGGAAGCGUCGCAGGAAUCGGAGAAGCUGUGGAAGCCUCCAUCAAAUCAUGGUGGUUUCGUGCCUUGCGUUAAACCCACCUCAUCGUACUCACCUCCUGGAGAGUCACGAGGAUACUUGUUAGUGAGCACCAAUGGUGGGCUGAACCAGAUGAGAGCAGGAAUAUCUGACAUGGUAGCCAUCGCACGGAUUAUAAAUGCCACUCUUGUGAUUCCAAUACUUGAUAAGAGCUCAUUUUGGCAAGAUUCAAGCAAAUUUUCAGAUGUCUUUGAUGAAGAUUAUUUCAUACAUUCUUUGGCAAAUGAUGUGAAAAUCAUGAAGAAACUACCAAAGGAGUUUGCUGCAGCUACCAAAUCUGUGAAAUAUUUCAAAAGCUGGUCCGGGAUAGAAUAUUACCGCGACAAGAUAUCUCAAUUAUGGGAUUAUCACAAGGUCAUUCGUGCCGCGAAAUCAGAUUCUCGUCUUGCUAACAACAAUUUGCCCCCCGACAUACAAAAGCUUCGUUGCCGGGCUUUCUAUCAGGCUCUUCGUUUUGCCCCUAGCAUCGAAGGACUAGGAAAAUUAUUGGUUGAGAGAAUGAGAUCAUAUGGUCCAUUUAUUGCUCUACACUUGCGGUAUGAGAAGGACAUGCUUGCUUUUAGUGGUUGCACAUAUGGUCUGAGUGCUUCUGAAGCUGAUGAGCUGACAACAAUUAGAGAAAUUAUACCAUAUUGGAAGGUGAAAGAUAUUGACCCCAUGCAACAGAGAUCAAAGGGCUAUUGUCCCCUUACACCAAAAGAGGUUGGAAUUUUCCUCUCUGCUUUAGGAUAUCCAUCAAAUACCCCAAUAUACAUUGCAGCAGGUGACAUUUACGGAGGUGAUUCUCAUAUGGUUGAUCUGGAAUCCCAUUUUCCCAUACUAAUGAGCAAGGAAAAGUUGGCAUCAGCAGAUGAGCUGGAACCAUUCAGACCGUAUGCAGCUCAAAUGGCGGCGUUGGAUUACAUCGUCUCUGUGGAGAGUGAUGUUUUCGUUUCAUCGUACUCGGGAAACAUGGCCAGGGCAGUCGAGGGCCACCGCCGCUUCUUGGGCCACAGAAGAACCAUCACUCCUGAUAGGAAGGCACUGGUUCAUUUGUUUGAUAAAAUCGAGCGGGGAUCGAUUAAAGAAGGAAAAAAGCUAUCAGAUAUGACAUCUGAAAUCCAUAAAAGACGACAAGGGUCGCCUCGUAAGAGAAAAGGUCCCAUCUCCGGAACCAGAGGAAAAGAGAGGUUUCGAUCCGAGGAAGCGUUCUACGAGAACCCUCUUCCCGAUUGUUUAUGCCGGUUGGAAUCAGAUGUUACGAGUUCUCAGAGACCGUGAGAGAUUUAGAUUCGUAGACGUUAACCAACUGAAGAGUUUGGAGCUGGUCGCACUGUAGCAGCUUGAAGCUGCAGAUUACAGAGACGCAAUCCGAGUCCCGUAGCUCCAAAGCAAAAGCAGGUAGAACGCUGAAGGAUGGGAGUGCCAUACGAAAGCUUGCCGCUUGGCUUCACUCAGAUACUGAUCGCCACAAAAUAGGAAUAGCUUCUCUUUUCUCAGAAAAAGGCAAUUUUUUUUUUGACUGGAAAAUAAUCACCAUGUGUGUCUUCGUGAGCUGACAACUAAAUGGAAUCUAUAUAUAUAUAUUUGUAUGGCUUCUA